CAGAUGCGUAUUGAUGCAAUUGACCUUCAAUACGCAUCUGCAACACGCAUCUGCCUGCAAGUGGUGCCAACUUUCCAUUGAUCUCCCAACGUCAAGUUCGCCAAUUUCACAAAAGUUUUCAGCUUGCUCCGUUUUGGCCCGUCUGUUUCGCCAAGACAUAUUGGCAUUUGCUUCUGCUUCGGUCUGCAAACAGCUCUGCAAUAGUCCCAGCGAUGCGCCUCACAUAUCAACAUGGCGCCAAAGGUCAUAAUCCUUACUGGAGCUCCUGAAAGCUCUUCGCUUGAUUGGAGCCCCCAAGGGCUUCUGGACAGCUUCUUGGAACCCGUCGCACGAUUUGCCGGCUUAUAUAAAUCUCCGCCACCUGGUUCAUCACAGAUAGAAUCUUCUCCAGUAUUGGAUACCGCGGUCUGGAGAUCGAUUCCCUUGGUAAAGACCCGCCUCGCGACUGGCUUCUCCCAAGUACACCAGUUUGAAGCCGAGUAUAUGGGCGACAGCAAUUUCUUCGCUGCCACCGCUGCAUCAUCCCAAGACACACAUACCUCAUCUCAAGACCAACGAAAUUCGACGAUACACGACGAGUUCUACGACCAUUCACUGGCUAUCCAUGAUGAUAUACCGUCAUCCCAAUUGCCAUCCCAGAGCACCAGCACAGAUGAUUCAUCAAUCGAUACCACUGGUAAUUGGAGUUACGAUGAUUCAGAAAUCACGGCGUCUCUCUCUGUAGGAGAUCGCACCAUGGGGCUUGGAUCCGCUCACUUGAGCGAUCUCGAAGACUUGCCCAACGCUUUCUAUUUGCGCUCGAUCUCCCCCCAAACGAUGACAGUCAAUAUAAUUGCUGGCAUUAUCUCAAUUGCCGAGCCUCGCACUAUCAAGACACGAUGGGGGACGACAAAGUCUCUGGUCGAGCUGAUCGUGGGAGACGAUACCAAGUCCGGAUUCAGCAUAACGUUCUGGUUGUCAGUUGAGGCAUUCACGGCCGGUCCAGCCAAGUCACCGGAACACACUAUCAGAGAACUUCGAAGGCAAGACGUAGUGCUACUCCGAAAUGUGGCUUUGAGCGAGUACAAGAAUAAGGUCCACGGGCAUAGUCUCAGAAAAGGCCUUACGAAGAUUGAUCUCAUAUACCGGAGAAAACUAAGCGAGGAUGAUACUGGCGGUUUCUACACUGCAAAAGACCUCGCAUCGACGAAAGGUUCUCACCCACAGCUGCUGAAAGCAAGAAAGGUCCGGGAAUGGGUGUCGAACUUUGUGGGUGGUGGUCCAGUUCUGGGAAAGAGGAAGCAUGAGGGAAAGCCGAUGAGGAGUUGGGAUAUGCCGCCCCCUGAUACCCAGUGAGUUGUGCUUACUGUGAGGGGAACAAUGGAGUACUGUGUUUGGACUUGAAAGGCGUUGAGAUACCCAAAUUAUGAAAGAUUCUGAAUCUCGGCAACUACGUAAGGUAGCAGAUGCGAUUGCUUAAGGGUUAACAUUGGUCCUAACUUGGUUCCUGUUAACCAAGCUUUGGUGGCUUUCUCCAUUGGUGAAUGUAUAUCGCGAGGCUCCUGCUAACGCCUGUACAUUGCACGGCUCUGGCUUAUGUGUCACCUGGUAAGAAACCAAUUAUGCUCUUUCUGUCUUUGAACAGUUCAUUCACCAAUCUUGGUGGAAGAUUGCCAAUAGCAUAAUCCAGGCGGGCCUGCCAUUGUCCAAUCAACAGCUACUUAAGUUCGUGACCCC